AUGGCUGAUAAAACGUCUCUCGGAUCCUCCUACGAGGACACUAACCCGAUGAGGUUAGAUGAGCCUGUGAUGGUCAUGGAUAACAUUCUUUCACAGGCCGAAAUGCUAGGUAUCAUUCAGGAACAGGCCUUAGAUCUAGGGAGGCUGAAGGCUGAAGUUAACGCUCUCGAAGACCAGGUCGCCAAACUCAAAACCCUCAUGUUGAACUCCCCAGUUCACUUGGUGGCAGACCAAGCGAUCAAAGUCUCCGAGCUGCAAAUACUAGAUACAGCAAGAAUGUUACAGGCAGACGCGACUGCUUCGAAAAGAAUUAUCUUUUGGGAACAUUUCCUGAGCUCUUUAACCCCUCAGGAAAUGAAUAAGUUAAUCUUGAAACAUCUGGAUACGAAAUAUUUCAAGCCCGGAAUAUGCUCCGGGCUUACUCCAAAGAAAAGAAAAACUCCCCAAGGCCUCGUAGUAAAUAUGGGCUCCCCUUCUACAGCUCGUAAGCUCAUCACGUUUGCUCCAUUCCUGAAACGAUCCUGA